CAGGCAUUGCUACCGGUUCACCCGGAUGAGCAGAAGCAGAACAUACUGGAUCGCUACGAGCGCAACUUCCACCGGGCCAUGGACAGUUUCGAUGAGGCGACAAAAAACCGUACCCUCAACGUGCUUGACGAGCUCGACGUGCUUAGGAUCGAACACUAUCCGUCGCAUCUGAUCAAGAAGCUACUGCCCCGCAUCGAUCGGAACACCGUCUACCUGAAGCAGGCGCACAGGUUCAUUCUGGAGGAAGAGAAGCUCUGGCCCCACAUCUACCCGGAGCUGAUACUGAUGGACUAUCUGUUUGAUCCUGACCAUGGAGUGCAGCGCGAUCAGGCCGUUUACUUCAUGAUACUGUUGAUGGACUUGCAGGAAGACUACCGCUACCAUGUGAAGCGUGCCUUCCUGCGGUUCAUCCUGCGAUCGGAGCCAGACCGGAUCCAGCUGCAGUUGGUCAAGGAACCACCGGAGUUUCCCGUCGCCACCAUGAUAGCCCCGGUGCCGUGGAAGUGCUCGAUCCAGCUGGCCAAGAACCGGUUGGAAGAGGUGCUGAUGACCAACCACCCGGUGCUCCAGGCCAUCAAUAUGCUGUGGCACAAACUGUACAGCAACUUACUGGUGGUCGAUUCGGCCAAGUUCUACAACACGGACAUUCCGAUGCACGCGGACAAAAUAACGGAAAUGAUUCACAACAGUUGCCGCAUCACGAGAGAUAUUCUCAUCAACGACUGGAUGCCCCGGGUGGCGGAUCUGGUGGACGUGAUGCGAAAAUACUGGAAGGAUCUCGUUCCCCGCAACUCAUCGCACGGUGGCCGGGGAACCAUAUUCUUCAACUGCAUUCAUGCGCUCACGUCCUACCAUCUGCAGGAGCUGAUCAAGAAGAGUCUCGAUCAUCUCGUCGAGGCGCUCGAGGUGUACCGCGAGGGGGACAUCAAGCCAGGCGAUGAACCGAAAGUGAAGAGGAAACCCUUCAUGACCUUGACGGUGUCGGUCGUCGGCCAGCAUCACACGGAGAUUGAAAAGACGACCGAGAAAAGUGAUCUCUCGCUCUAUCAGGUGGAUGACGAUGAUCCGAGCAUUUUGGGGUCCGAGUCGGAUAAUGUGCCCCUCACGACGUGCGACGAACGGCGCACGUCGUUCAUUGUCGAGAGCAGUGGCAAGAUCAUCAUUUAUCCGUACAUGGAGGAGCUGCCCGAUCUGUUCAAGAGCUACUUCGUGAAGAUGCUGAAAGUGGGCUACAAGAUCCCGCGGUUGGAAUACUACUUGACUCAGGACCCCAAGCAGCUCGGAUAUCUACACUUUAUCCGCGAGGAUAACGACGACAUGGAGAAGCUUUACCAGCGCGUCAAGAGGAUCGUCAUCGCGAACCAGACUGGCCCGACGGUGUACCUGUACCCGAUGUACGAGUACUACUUCCCGGUGCUAGCCAACAAGAUGAAGCUGAUCACGGAGGGUAUCUUCUCGCAGCGCGACCUACCCCCGUUGGACAUUUUCAAGGAGCUGGUGCAAAAGUUUACCGACCUGUUGAACGGCAUCUACUACCUGCGCGACUUUAUACCGCUGAACCUGUUUAUGCUCGACAACAGCCGGCUCAACAAGGUGCUGGAGAAGCUGGUGAACGAUUUGAAGAACUUUGUCAUCAACUACUUCAUCACGUUGAAUCAGGUCGAAAACCGGAGAAUCUGCGACGAGUUUGAGGACAUGUCACUGCACGCUGGCGAAAGGCCGAAGGAGACACCGGAAGUGGUGGCGCUUCAGAACUAUCUUACCCACUGCCGCGAGGAGCGAAUGUACCAGCUAACAUCCGAAAUCAAGCACGUGGCACAGCGGGUGAUCUUUCUGCUCACUCACGCCAUCCUCGAUCAGGAGGAUAUUAACCUAAACUCAAGGUUGUUCCUGUGGCCGAAGGAACUGGAGAAGGUGCUCGAUCUUAGUGGGGCCCGAUUGUCCGUGGUGCGGGAGAAUUUGGAAACGUCACUGCGCGAACGACGGGUCAAGUUCGAGCAGUACCUGAUGACGGAGAAGAAAAAAAUGGACCACUUCCGUACGCGAGAGAUACGCGAGAUGCUGUCGCUCGAUGAUCUGCGCGAGAAAGUGGACACCGUGGACGGUUUGAUGAAGAUCCUGGAGGAUUGCAGCAGAGAGGCAAAGGAGAUCAACGCGAACGAGAAUCUCCUGCAGCUCGAUCUGUCGUUCUUCCCGUCGCUGAACGAAAUGAUCGACAAAAUGGGUCCAGUGGAGAAACUGUGGCACACGGCGUACAAGUUCGACACUUGCCACGAGGUGUGGUACUUCGGGCCGUUCAAGGACCUGGAUGCGGACGUCAUUCGGAACGCGGUCGAAGAGAUGUACCAGGCGAUCUCGGUGCUACUGAAGGAGCUCACCGGCAGUCCGCAGGCCAAACGGGUGGCCGAACAGAUCCGGAUGAAGGUGGAGAAGUUCAAGGUGUACCUCCCGAUACUGGAGUCAAUCUGCCGGCAGGGGCUGUGCGGUCGCCACUGGAAGCAAAUCUCGGAGGAGCUGGGCCAGGAGGUGAACCCGGCAGUGCACAACUCGCUGAGCCAGAUGGUGGAAAUCGAUAUUGUCAAGAUUCAGCAGCGGCUGGAGGAAAUCUCCAACGCGGCCGGCAAGGAGUACGAGCUGAACAUUCAGCUCGUGCACAUGCAGGACGAGUGGACCGACGUGAUGUUUGUUUGCGUUCCGUACCGGGACAGCGAUAUGUACAUACUGUCGUCCGUCGACGAAAUACAGACCCUGCUCGACGAUCACAUUCUGAAGGCGCAGGCCAUGCGAGGCUCCCCGUACAUCGCUGCCCUCGGCACGAAGGCAAACAACUGGGAGGAUAAGCUGAUCUCGAUGCAAGACAUUAUCGACACCUGGCUGCAGGUGCAGGCGACCUGGAUGUAUCUCGAGCCGAUCUUCAGCUCGGAAGACAUCCUGCGCCAGAUGCCGACCGAGGGUCGCCACUUCAAGGCCGUCGACCGGGUGUUCCGCAAGAUCAUGAAGCACACCACGGCCGACGCCCACGUCAUCCAGUCGACCGACUACCCGGAGCUGCUGAACACGCUCCGCAAAGCGUACACCGAUCUGGAGGACAUCCAGAAGGGUCUGAACAUGUACCUGGAGAAGAAACGGCUCUUCUUUGCGCGGUUCUUCUUCCUCUCGAACGACGAGCUGCUGGAGAUCCUGUCCGAAACGAAGGACCCACUGCGGGUACAGCCGCACCUGAAGAAGUGUUUCGAGGGUAUCUACUCGCUGCAGUUCGAUCCACAGCAGGAGAUCAUCGCCAUCAUCUCCGCCGAACAGGAAGUGAUACCGUGCGUGCGGAAGGUCAAUCCAAACCUGGCCAACGGUUUGGUGGAGAAAUGGUUAAAGGAGGUGGAAACGGUUAUGCUCGAGAGCGUGAAGGAACAGAUCUGGCAGUCGUACGAACGGUAUCCCAACGAGCCGCGCAACGCUUGGGUGCUAAACUGGCCCGGCCAGGCCGUGCAGGUGGUGUCCUGUCUGAAGUGGACCGAAGAAGCGGAAGAAGCGAUCAAGGACGGACAGCUGCCACAGUUUGCCAGCACCUGCACCGAGCAGAUUCUGGAACUGGUGGAUCUCGUGCGAGGAAAUCUCAGUGCGGGAGCUACGAUCACGAUCGAGGCCCUGAUCGUGGUCGAUGUGCACGCCCGAGACAUUGUGAAUCUGCUGGUGGAGAAGCGAGUUGCCGAUAUCGGAGACUUUAACUGGUUCUCCCAGCUGCGCUACUACUGGCGCAUCGACGAUGAGGACAAGCAGAGCUACGUCGGGGUGAGCAUGGUCACCACGGAUCUGAAGUACGGUAUGGAGUACCUUGGGAAUACCGGACGGCUCGUCACGACUCCGCUCACCGACCGGUGCUUCCGGACACUGAUGGGUGCGUUCAAGCUGAACCUCGGUGGUGCCCCGGAAGGACCGGCCGGUACGGGUAAAACGGAAACCUGUAAGGACCUCGCGAAAGCCGUCGCCAAGAAGUGUGUCGUGUUCAACUGCUCCGACGGGCUGGACUACAAAGCGUUGGGCAAGUUCUUCAAGGGGCUGGCCCAGUCCGGUUCGUGGGCCUGCUUCGACGAGUUCAACCGGAUCGAGCUGGAAGUACUGUCGGUCGUCGCGCAACAGAUCCUCACCAUCCAGCAUGCCAUCGCGCAGAAAGUGGUCAAGUUUGUGUUCGAAGACACGCACCUAAAGAUCGACCCAACGUGCAACAUUUUCAUCACCAUGAACCCCGGCUACGCGGGCCGUACCGAGCUGCCCGACAAUCUGAAGGUCCUGUUCCGCACCGUCGCCAUGAUGGUGCCCGACUAUGCAAUGAUCGGUGAGAUCACACUCUACUCGAACGGGUUCGACAAUGCUCGCGUGCUGGCCCAAAAGAUCGUGCACACGUACAAGAUAUGCUCGGAGCAGUUGUCGUCCCAGUUCAACUACGAUUACGGUAUGCGAGCGGUAAAGUCGGUGCUGAUGGCUGCCGGAUCGCUACGGCGCGCUCAGCCACACCUCCCCGAAGAUCAGAUCGUUCUGCGCGCCAUCAUCGACAUUAACUUGCCCAAGUUUCUCCAGCAAGACAUUCCACUGUUCGAGGGCAUCUAUCGGGAUUUGUUCCCAGGUGUCAACCUGCCACCGCCGGCACGGGACGACAUUGUACGCAUUCUGCUGGUGAAACUCGUCAAACGGAAGCUCCAGCCGACCGCCUGGUACAUCGACAAGAUCAUGCAGAUCUACGAGAUGCUUCUGGUGCGCCACGGACUCAUGAUUGUCGGUGAGUCGAUGGGUGGAAAAACGACGGCCUACCAGGUGUUGGUGGAAACCCUGCGGGAGUUGCGUCUUGAGAAGGGUUCGCAGUGCGAGGAGCAGGGCGUCCAGUAUCGCAUCAUCAACCCGAAAGCGAUCUCGAUGGGCCAGCUGUACGGUCGUUCGGAUCCGGCAUCACGCGAAUGGUCCGAUGGCGUGCUGGCCAACACGUUUCGGGAGAUGGUCAACACGCUCAGCCCGGAGCGGCAGUGGAUUAUUUUCGACGGACCGGUCGAUGCGGUGUGGAUCGAGAACCUGAACACGGUGCUCGAUGACAACCGGAAGCUCUGCCUGAUGUCGGGCGAGAUUAUCCAAAUGACCAAACUGAUGAACCUCGUGUUUGAGCCUACCGAUCUCGAGCAAGCCUCACCGGCCACCGUAUCCAGGUGCGGAAUGAUCUACAUGGAACCACAUCAGCUCGGCUGGAUAGCACUGCACAAGUCCUUCAUCCUGCUGCUGGAAGAGAAAGGAGUGUCCGAGAUCAACAUCGGUGUGUUCGAACAGCUGGUCGAAUGGCUGAUACCUCCUUCGUUGAAAUUUUUAAAGACCGUCAAAACUGUGCUCCCCAUUUCGGAGAUGCAAUGCUACUCGAUGUUCUCCAAGUUUUUCUCCAUCUUUUGCUCGCGCAUUCAAAACUACACCCAGGCGCAGUUCCAGCAGACGUUCCUGUUCUGCUACGCCUGGGGUUACUUCUCGACCGUCACGAACGAGGGCCGCAAAAUGAUCGACCCGCUGCUGCGCAAGAUCCUGUACGGGGCCAACGAGGAGCACCCGAAGCCGAAGCACUUUUCGCUCAACCGCGGCCAGAUGUACCCGGAAAAGAUGAACUUUAUGGACUAUCGGUACGACGAGCACGAGAACUGGUGGCCCUGGCAAACGACGGAAGAGCUGGCCCUGCCGGAGUCGUGCAUCGUUUCGGAGCUGAUGAUACCGACCAAGGAGACGGGCUCGAUCCUGUACUGGACCAACCUGUGCGUACGGAACGGCAUCCCCAUACUGCUGGCCGGCCCGACGGGCACCGGCAAGAGUGCCACCAUCGGCAACUACAUCCGCGAGCUGCCGAAGACGCGGUUCAUCUCGAACAUCAUCAACUGCUCCGCUCGCAGUACGGCCGCCCAGGUGCAGGACACGAUCAUGGCCAAGCUCGAUCGGCGGCGCAAAGGUGUGUACGGGCCGCCGGUCGGUAAGGAGUGUGUCAACUUCAUCGACGAUCUGGCGAUGCCGGCCCGGGACGACUACGGAUCGCAGCCACCGCUGGAGCUGGUGCGUACCUGGCUCGAUCAUCGCGUAUGGUCCGAUCUGCGCGACACGUCCAAGAUCGAGCUGAUCGAUCUGCUACUCAUUGCGGCGAUGGGCCCGAUCGGAGGCAGCAACUACAUUCCGCAGCGCCUGUACCGCCACAUGUUCGUCAUUUCGAUCGACUCCUUCGAGGAUGCGACCCUACUGCGCAUCUUCUCCUCCAUCGGCGAUUGGCACUUUGCGAAGGGAUUCCCCGAACCGGUGGCACGCCUAAGCAAACUGCUCAGCCAAGCAUCGAUCGCCGUGUACCGGGGGGCGAUCGAGAGCUUCCUGCCCACUCCGGCCAAGUCGCACUACCUCUUCUCGCUGCGGGACGUGUCGCGCGUCUACCAGGGCAUUGUCCUGCUGCCCUCGAAGAAGCUGCCCGAUCCGGAGAAGCUCGUCCGCCUCUGGGUGCACGAAACGUACCGCGUGUUCUACGAUCGACUGAUCGACGACGCCGACAAGCUGCAGCUGUUGCGAUUGGUCGAGGAUGCCUCCGUGACGCACCUCCGCAUGAAGCUCGAGCCAGCGUUCGGUGAGCGGUUGGAGCCGGGCGAGCGGGUUACGGACAAGCACAUCCGUGAUCUCCUGUUCGGGAACUACAUGGAACCGGCGGCCGUCACGAGGAUGUACGACGAGGUCGAAAGCUGGGACCAGCUGGAGAAGAACAUCAACUUCUAUCUGUCGGAGUACAACGAGCGUUCGAAGUCGCCGAUGAAUCUGGUGCUGUUCCGGUUUGCGAUCGAGCACAUCUCGCGCGUAUCGCGCGUGCUGCAAAUGCCCCGCGGACACCUACUGCUGGUGGGACUGGGAGGUUCCGGACGCCGAAGUGCCGUCAAGCUCGCGUCCAGCAUGAGUGACUCGGCUCGGGUCUUUCAGGUGGAAGUGACCCGCAGCUACACCCACACCGAGUGGCGCGAGGACAUGAAGAAACUGCUGAUGAGCGCGGGCUGUGAAGGAAAGCGUGUCGUGUUCCUGUUCAACGACUCACAAGCCAAAGAGGAAGCGUUCGUGGAGGACAUCAACUCGCUGCUGAACACCGCCGAUCUGCCGAACCUGUUCCAGGCCGAGGAGAAGGCGGUCAUCCUGGAGCAGAUGCAAACGAUUGUGCAGGCCACCAACAAACCGAUCGAUCUGACGGCCCUGUCGCUCUACAACUUCUUCGUCGAGCGGGUCCGAGAAAACCUGCACAUCGCGCUCGCCUUCUCACCGAUCGGGGAUUCGUUCAAGAAGCGGCUGCGAAUCUAUCCGUCACUCAUCAACUGCUGCACCAUCGACUGGUACUCGGCCUGGCCGGACGACGCCCUGCAGAAGGUGGCCGAGUUCUUCAUCCGCUCGAUGGAUCUGGUCAGCAGCCAGGAGCGUCUGAUGUCGCGCGACUCGUCCAGCAUCGACGUGGCCGACACGGUACCGAUGGACGAGAAGGACCAGAAGACGCGCCGGCUCUCGAAGUUGGAGCACAAGCUGAUCGAUAUCGUGCUGGUGUUCAACGAGAGUGUCGUCGAGAACUCGCACCGCUUUUUCCUGGAGCAAGGCCGCCGUAACUACGUGACGCCGACGUCCUACCUGGAGAUGCUGCGCUCGUUUAAGGAACUGUACCGCAAGAAGUACUCCGAAACGAUCACACAACGCGACCGCUACACGACCGGUCUGGAGAAGCUGGACUUUGCCGCCGGUCAGGUGUCGGUCAUGCAGGACCAACUGAAGAACCUGCAGCCCCAGCUGAAGCAAACCUCGGACGAGACGGAGAAAAUCAUGGUCAACAUUGAGCGGGAAACGGCCGAAGCGGAGAAAAAGAAAGAGAUUGUCGGAGCGGAUGAAACGGCCGCCAACGAGGCGGCGGCUUCGGCUCAGGCGAUCAAGGAUGACUGCGAAAGUGAUCUGCAGGAAGCGGUCCCGGCCCUAGAGGCAGCCCUGGCAGCGCUCGAUACACUGAAACCGGCCGACAUUACGGUGGUGAAGUCGAUGAAGAAUCCUCCACCGGGCGUCAAGCUCGUGCUGGAGGCGGUCUGCGUGAUCCGAGGGAUUAAAGCGGACCGGAAACCGGAUCCAAAUGGCCACCUUGUGGAGGAUUACUGGGGACCAUCGCAGAAGAUGCUCGGUGACCUGAAGUUUCUGGACAGUUUGAAAACGUUCGACAAGGACAACAUUCCCAUCCCGGUGAUGAAGAAGAUCCGCGAUGGCUACAUAGCCGAUCGGGAGUUUGUGCCGGAGAAGAUCAAAAACAUAUCGAUGGCGUGCGAGGGUCUGUGCCGGUGGGUGCGGGCGAUGGAGAUCUACGAUCGGGUGGCGAAGAUUGUGGCCCCGAAAAAGAUUGCCCUCGCCGAAGCGGAAGCCGAGCUGGCGAUGCAGAUGGAGAAGCUGAACUCGAAGCGGGCCGAGCUGCAGGAGAUCCUGGACAAGCUGCAGAAGCUGAACGACUUUUUCGCCGAGAAAUCGCGCGAAAAGAAGCGGCUCGAGGACGAGAUCGACAGCUGCGAGAAGAAGCUGAUCCGGGCGGAACAGUUGAUCGGGGGGCUCGGUGGUGAGAAGCGUCGCUGGUCCGAAUGUGCCACCAACCUGCACCAAUCGCUCAGCAACGUGGUGGGCGAUGUGCUGCUGGCGGCCGGCUGCGUCGCCUAUCUGGGCUGCUUCUCGACCGAGUUCCGGACGACGAUCAUGCAAAAGUGGAACACGGAUGCGCUGGCGUUGAGCAUUCCCUGCACGGAAAACUUUUCCUUGCUGGCCACCCUGGGUAACCCGUUGGAAAUUCGUAGCUGGUCCAACUGGGGCUUACCGACGGAUGACUUUUCGGUCGAGAACGGCAUCAUCGUGAAGCAUGCGCGCCGCUGGCCACUGAUGAUCGAUCCCGAGGGGCAGGCGAACAAGUGGGUUAAGAACAUGGAGAAGGCCAACGGCCUGAAGAUCAUCCAACAGACGGAGGCCAACUACAUGCGUGUGGUCGAGAACGCCAUCAUUAACGGGUUCCCGGUGCUGCUGGAGAACGUGGGCGAAACCAUCGACUCCGGGUUCGACACGAUCCUGGAGAAGAACAUCAUCCUGCAGAAGGGAUCGUACUGCAUCAAGUUCGGUGACGCGAUGAUCGAGUACAACGAUAACUUUAGGUUCUACAUCACCACGAACCUGCGCAACCCGCACUAUCUGCCCGAAACGGCCGUCAUGGUGACGCUGAUGAACUUCAUGAUCACCGAGCAGGGCCUCCGGUCGCAGCUGCUCGGUACGGUCAUCAUCCAGGAGCGACCGGAUUUGCAGGAGAAGAAAGAAUCGCUUAUCAUCGAGUCGGCCCAGAACCAGGAGGCCCUCUACAAUGCGGAAGCCAAAAUCCUGCAGGUCCUGUCGACGGCCGAAGGUAACAUUCUGGACGAUGAGAACGCAAUCGACAUCCUUACCUCGAGCAAGGAGCUCUCGGAGGAGAUCCAGGCCAAGCAGUUGGUGGCCGUGGCGACCGAGGCGGAAAUUGAUGCCGCCCGCCAGCAGUACAUCCCAGUCGCCCGCCACUCGGCGGUGAUCUUCUUCUGCACGGCCGAGCUGGCCAACAUCGAUCCGAUGUACCAGUUCAAUCUGGCCUGGUUCCUGAACAUUUUCGUCCAAGCCAUCAUCAAGUCACCGAAGUCGGACGACUUGGACCAGCGGCUCCAGCACCUGAUCGACUACUUUACGCUGGCCAUCUACAACAACGUAUGCCGGUCACUGUUCGAGAAGGACAAACUGAUGUUUUCGUUCGUCCUGUGCAUUGGCAUCUUGCGGGGCCGCGGAGAAAUCAGUGACCCAGAGCUCACGUUCCUUCUCAGUGGGGGACUGGCGUUGGAUAAUCCUCUGCCCAAUCCGGCACCCGAGUGGUUGACGGAUAAAGCCUGGACGGAAGCGGUACGUGCGGCAGCGCUUCCCUCGCUCAAGGAGCUACCCAAGGCACUGGCCGAAAAGUCGGAGCUUUGGCAAGCGUACAACGACCUGAGCGAUCCGGAUGCCCAUCCACUUCCGGAACCGUUCGAGCAGGAGAGUAGCCUCGGUAAGCUGAUCGUACUGAAGAUCCUCCGGCCCGAUAAGCUGGUACCUGGGCUGCAGCGAUUUAUCGUGCAAAAGAUUGGCCAGUUGUACGUAGAACCGCCCCAGUUCGAUUUGGAAACUUCCUACCACGAUAGCUCCCCCCGAACGCCGCUCAUCUUUAUGCUCUCCCCGGGUAUCGAUCCGGUGGACAUCAUACUGGGUUUCGCGAACCACCACUACAUGGGUGACGACUGUCGUGUAAUCUCGUUGGGCCAAGGCCAGGGCCCGAAAGCGACGCGCACCAUUCUCGAUGCGAUCAAGCUCGGGUACUGGGUGAUCCUGCAGAACUGCCACGUGGCCGAAUCGUACAUGGACGAGCUGGAGAAGCUCUGCACGGACUCUGGGCUGUACGAAGCGGUCCACCCAAAGUAUCGCCUCUGGUGCACGUCCUACCCGUGCAGGCGGUUCCCCGUUUCGAUCCUUCAAAACAGUGUCAAAAUGACGAACGAGGCCCCGAAAGGGUUGAAGAACAACAUGGCGCGCAUCUUCUCGACGGACCCGCUGGCCAACAGUGCGUUCUACUCGCACGCCUUCGACGGCCAGGAUCUGUCCCGGAUAUGGUUACGGGGAGUGUUUUCGCUCGUCUUUUUCCACGCCGUGGUCCAGGAGCGCUGCAAAUUCGGUCCCAUCGGGUGGAACGUGCCGUACGAGUUUAACGAGUCCGACCUCAAAAUUUCUCUGAUGCAGCUCAAAAUGUUCAUCAACCAGUAUCAGCUGAUACCGUUCGAGGGGCACAUCUAUCUGACGGGUGAGUGCAACUACGGAGGGCGCGUAACGGACGACAAGGAUCGGCGCCUGUUGAUGGCGCUCCUUAAUCGCGUCUACAACCAACGUACGAUCGAUGAGGAGCUCUUUCCGCUCACGGAGUCGGGCCGUUACGCCGUGCCUGCGAUGCCCACCAAGAACCACGCUUUGGCUUACAUUUCCACCCUACCCGGGAUCGCCCACCCGGAAGUGUUUGGAUUGCACGAAAAUGCGGACAUUACCCGCAACAUCGAGGAAACGUCUUCGCUUCUCGAACGGGUACUGCUCACUCAGACACAGCUUUUCGCCGGAAUGACCACGACCGAUGCGGACCAGAAGGAGGACCCGGUGUUGCUGCUAUGCGCCGAAAUCUCCAGCAAGCUGCCGGAUCUGUUCGACGUGGACGCCGCGGCCGAACUGUUCCCGAUCGAGUACGAAAACUCCAUGAACACGGUGCUGCGCCAGGAGCUGAGCCGGUUCAAUCGGCUGCUGCAGUACAUCCGCUGCAGUCUGGUCGAUGUGCAGCGUGCCAUCCAGGGACAGAUCAGCAUGAUACCGGAGCUGGAGAGCGUUUACCGGGCGAUGAAGGUAUCGCGCGUGCCGAAAUCGUGGCUCUCGAAGAGCUAUCCCUCGCUGAAGGCCCUCGGAGGAUACGUGAACGAUUUCGUGCAGCGGUUGGCCUUCUUCCAGCGCUGGGUGGACGAGGGUGAACCGAACGUGUACUGGAUGAGCGGGUUCUACUUCACGCAGUCCUUCCUGACCGGCAUCAUGCAGAACCAUUCGCGCAAGUUCAAGCUACGCAUCGACGAUCUGGUGAUGGAGUUUGAUGUUACGCGCUUCGAAUCGGAACAGGCGGUCAAAGAUUCGCCCGAAGUGGCCACGUUCGUUAGGGGCCUCUUUCUGGAAGGCGGUCGGUGGAACCGUGAAACGGAGCACCUAGAUGAACCACUGUCGCGUGUUCUCUACGAUACACUGCCAAUCGUUUCCAUGACGCCAACACUAAAGAAGGACAAGAGUGGCCGGCAACGGCUGCGGUACGAUUGCCCAAUCUACAAAACGAGCGAAAGGCGAGGCGUACUGUCCACCACCGGGCAUUCAACCAACUUUGUCAUGUUUCUGGAACUCGAUACAGAGCAGCCACCGGAACACUGGGUCCUCCGAGGGACCGCUUGCCUAUGCCAGCUGGACGAUUGA